AUGAUCGACUAUCGCCAUGGAAUCUCAAUCCUAGAGAUCAUUGUUUACAGCCCUACUCUAUUCCUUGCCCUUUGGAUGGCCUUCCACCAUGGAUUCAAGAAGAGUUCUGGAUGGUACUUCUUCGUUGUUUUCUCUCUUGCGCGCAUCAUCGGUGCAGCAUGCUACCUGGCCACGAUAAAUGCGCCUUCCAAUAUUAAUCUUUACAUCACAUGGGCUGUCUGCACGUCGCUGGGCAUAUCACCAUUAAUCUUAGCUUGCAUAGGUCUUCUGUCGCGAGCCAACGACUCCAUAAUGCGAAAAACAGCAAAGCCACUCUCUCCCAUGCUCUUCCGAGGCGUUAGUCUUAUCUCGAUGGUUGCCUUGAUUGUCAGUAUUGUCGGAAGCACCGAGAAUAGCGACAUCACCCACGGCCUGGUAAACACCAAGACACAAGUUGCCCUUGUCCUCUUCUUGGUCACCUGGGUCGGAGCAUGCAUCCUCUUCCUCCUCAUUGCAGCCCGCUCUCGCAGCAUCGAAGAUGGAGAACAUCGCUUACUCCUUGCAGUCGGAAUCUCGCUUCCUUUGAUCCUCGUUCGACUGGUCUACUCGUUCAUUUAUACUUUCGGCCAUAAGUCUGAAUUCAGCAUGCUUUCGGGAAACGUCACCAUCCAACUAGUCAUGUCCAUUUUGGAAGAGAUUAUUAUCGUUCUCGUGUGUCUAGGAAUCGGUCUUACACUUCAAGUGCGACCCAAUCCGGAGUACUCCCACCAGCCCAGUGUCUCCGACCGACAGGGGGACUCUAUUGAAAUGGAGAAUGAUACCUAUCAGGGACAUCAAUCUCGCAGGGAGAAGACGCAACGGCCCAAGCGUCGUGGUGGUCCUCUGUACCUACUGGUGAUGUUCAUCGUGGAUACAAUCAAUGACAGGAGAAAGUGA